ACGGAGUAUAAAAGACGGCGUGAUGGCCACAAAUAUCAUCAUCAGUACUUCUUGGUGGUUUGUAUAGCAGCUCUCACUAGAAAAUCUCAUAGAAAAUGAAGGCUGUGUGUAUUGCUGUCUUUGCCCUUGCUGCUUUGAUUGCUGCCGAGGAACCCAAAGAAACUGUAGUCAUUGCUCAAGAUCCCAAAGAUGAAGCAGUAGUCGUUGUUGAAGAACCUAAGGAGGUCCGCGAUAUGAAGGCCUUGCAACAGGCUUACGCCUUCGCUAUUCCUUAUGCUUACGCUGCUGCUCCUUUCGGUUAUGCCGCUGCUGCUCCAUACGGUUAUACCGCUGUUCCUGCUAAAUUCGCUGCUUCACCCUUCGACUAUGGUGCCAAUUCCGCUAAAUUCACUGCCCCCCCUUACGGUAAUGCCUACACUGCUGCUCCAUUUUAUGGCUAUGCUGCCCCUUAUUACGGUUACACUGCCCCCGUAACUGUUGGUGCUGCACCCGUUGCCUUUGCCGCGCCUGCCAAAUUCGCCGCACAAACGUAUCCAUUCGCAGCCGCGCAAGCGUAUCCAUUUGUUGCCGCACAAACGUAUCCAUUUGGAGCCGCACAAACGUAUCCCUUCGGAGCGGCUAAGCAGCAACAGUACGCCGCCUACGCCCCGCAAUAUGCUGGCUACCAGAACACCGGUUUUCCAUACAGCUACGGUUAUGCUCCCAGUGCAUACAGCUUCAAGUUUCGAGAUUCCGCAAAGGAGCAAUCCGCUUCUUACUUGCCUGAAAACUUCCCCUUCGCCUAUCCAUCCUACGCUUUCCCUGGAUUUCCGGUCGCUACCAAGGAAUAAAUUAUUACUGUUGAUCACAUGAUCUCCAUUUCACAUAAGUCCAAGUAAAAUAUACCAAGUGUUACAAAUAUUAUAUAUGCUUAACGCUCGAAUUUUAUUUCAAAAUGGGUUGCUUAUGGAAUGCGUUUCUAAUUUUUUUCAGUUAUCGAACCAAUUUCAACAAAGUUGAUGGAUUUCUUUGACUAGCUGAAUGCAUCUCAGAAUAUUUGGAUGUCCAUUGUCCUCUUACAAUUGCCCUAUCACAACCAUGAAACAGAUUUAUCUUGUGUUUAUGCUAUGCUAAAAUUGAAUACAAACAAGUUGUCUGCAUAUA